UUCCUCUUUCCAGUAGUAUGGAAGGGUCUUAAUAAAUCAGUCUUGAUUCUCCUACACUAUUAUCUCCUAUACCUCCGCUGCACUUCCUACAAUGGCUCCGCCGGGUGUGAUCUUCUCCUUAAGGAUUUCACAAGCGAUAUAUGCUGUUGCUACAUUCGCGCUCUUGUGUGUCGCGGCUCAUUCAUACUUUACUUCGUUCGGAAACGUCCCGUGGGAAAUCACGCUUGCGUUAUUCUCCUCGUGCCUCUCACUCAUAGCUGUCUCCUACCUAGCUUUUAGAUCCCUUUCUCCCUCGAAAGCACUCAAUAAAUCUUUCUCCUUUGCAAUCUACUGGCUUGUCUCUUUUGUAUCUCUGGCUGCUUUCAUCUCCCUUGCAAAGUUCUUGGCCGGAGCGAAUCAGUGCGAAGACACCCUGUGUACAGCGACAAAAAUAGCAACAGCCGUGAUAUUCUUCAGCUACGCUGUGUGGACAGCUGCCACUACCCUCAUCGGAAUAGAAAUCUCGAAAGACAACGGCAAAGCCGGAGCGGUGUCCCAGGAAAGGCCCAUGUCUCAAGAAAAGCUCAAAGCUCUGUCCAAUGACUAGCCAGCUCGGCGUUUGAACAGGAGCACAGAAGCAGACUAGAAUAGAUUUAUAUGGGAUAUGAAGAAGAUGAAUUUGUUCAUGUUUGGAUGGGGCUUCAGUCCAUAAGGGAUAGUAUAAUGUAUUAUUCAUAUUCGGAGACAUGUUAUUGAUUUCCUAUGUAUCUAAGGAUGGAAAUGGCUCUACCACUUUGCCGGUGAGACAAAUAGUAGACAGCAUUACACCUCAUUGCUAGAUGACUUAGAUCAAUGUUUUUGGGGGCAGUGCUUGA